AUGCUGACAAGACCUUCGCCAGGUCGGCUGCGUGCGUUGAUGCGUGCCGUCGGUCAGGCGCGCUCCCGUCCUCGCCUCAACAACGCUACCAUACCGCUCCAGCCUCGAUCAUUCCACUCUAUCCACUUGACGAGCGUCCACCUCGGCCACGCCUCGCGAAUCCUCACGACAAGAAGCAUCCACUCCAGUACUGCUUCAGCACGCAACCUGCGCCGCACCACUUCCUUGGCCGCUCUGCUGAAGCGCAUUUUCCCUCAAGCUGCACGAGUCGUCCGCCUCACGCUAGCGAAGCACACUCAGCCACACCAUGUCUUGCUCUCCAACAUCUUUUGCGCGCUGCGAUCCACCCAGCUUAGCGCAGCGUACCGCGUGCGCUCUCCUCUGCUGAAGGGUGCCAUUGACGCCUUCCGAUCAACUGUGCAGCGCACGUCCACUCACUCUGCGCGCACGGCUUAUUCGCAGCUCAACACCGCGUCAGUCAGCUUUGCUCGCGGGACGCUCAGCGGAAUUGGCACCAGGCCCGCAGCAGGCCGUCUGGCGCUCUCGCCGCUGAGAGGCGGUGUGGGGCUGCAGUCUGCGCGAAAGUUCUCGAAUGGUGGAGCAAGGGUGUUUGAUAAUUUGAUCGUGCACGCUCCGCUGGCGAUGAGGCUGGCAGGCGAUGAGGUGCAAGAUAAGCUGAGGCUCGCUGGAAGGCAGCCUGUGCGAGCGAGGACGAUUGCAAGCGCUUUCAAGUCGCCGGGCCCCAGAAGGACCGGAGCGAUGUUCAGCGGUGAAAAGCUUGCUGGAAAUGCUUUUCUGUUUGCUGCGAACAAGGGAAAGACUGUACAGGAGGUUGACGUUACCAGCUGCGAGUCGACCACUCUCUCUGACAGCGAAAGCCAAUGCGAAUUGGAUCUGUACUUUCAGUUCCCUCAGCUCGAAUUGGCUUGCACCUCAACGCGAACCACGGUAACACUCCGACUCAUCGACCCGCUCUACGUCGCACUCGGCGGACGUGAACCGUCGCCACCCAUGUCGACCAACCCACGUCUGUUCGACUCUGCUUUCCUGGUAGACGCCAAUACCGCGUUGGAGUACGAACAUCGACGCUACGUGCGCGCAAAAGCGGUGUUGAGGGUUUUGUGGAACGCCGAUCUCGUGGAGGAUAUGGAUCUAGACGGCGAUCCGGCGGUCUGGACGGUCAAGGCGAGAGGAGCAGCCGGGAUGGUCGAGCAGACACUGAGGGAGCAUGUGCAGUUUGAGUUUCAAGACUGGUGUACGUUUGUCGAUGAUGCGCAUGAGCGGGACCAGUGGGACCAGUGGGACCAGUGGAAUGUGGAAGCGGACGACGAGUCGGCAAGCAGCUCGCAGUUUGAUCUCGAAUCCACGUCCAGCUUGUCAAGCGUGCGCGUACCGACAUGCGAAUUGCUCGACGAGGUCAUCUCGCUACCUUGUGUGUCGUCGGCGUCGACACUGUAUGAUUCGCGUUGCGAGCUUUAA